UAUAGAUCCCGGAAGUGGAUGGUCUGUUUGCUGAAGGCACGCUUAACUACCAUGUAUUUUACAUAGUUGUGUUUUAUGUUAUCACUUCUCUCCGUCGUGUAACUAACAUGGGACCGCUGUCAAACGGCACGGUGCUGAGAAAAAGAGGGAGAGGUAUUGAAAACACCCCAGGACCUCAGGUUUGACCUCAAGUGGGUGCAGUUUAUCACACCAUGUUGGUGACAGCAUAUCUUGCCAUCAUUUUCCUGAUUGCCCUGUGUGUUGCCCUCGAGCUCACAGCACGCCGCCUCACCCCACCUCAGUCUGCCCCUACUGCUGUGGCCAACCCAGUUUUCCGUCGUUUCCAGAGUAUAUUCCUCCGGGCAUACCUUUUGGCUUUGUGGGCAGACUGGCUCCAGGGUCCUUACCUCUACAAACUGUACCGCCACUACAGCUUCCUGGAAUCCCAAAUAGCCAUCUUAUAUGUGUGUGGCUUGGCCUCCUGUGUUCUGUUUGCUCCUUUUUCAGGCUGGCUCCCUCAAGUCUUGGGCCGCAGACAGACAUGUCUUCUUUUCUGCUUGUCGUACUCUGCUUGUUGUCUCACCAAGCUGUCAAGAGACUACUUUGUGUUAAUUGUGGGUCGGGUCCUGGGGGGUCUGUCCACAUCCCUGCUCGCCACCACUUUUGAGGCCUGGUACGUGCACCGUCACGUAGAUGUCCACGAUUUUCCCAAGGAGUGGAUCCCUAGCACCUUCACCAAAGCUGCUACCUGGAACCAUGGGCUUGCUGUUGGAGCAGGGUUGGUGGCUAACUUGCUGGCUGAGUGGCUCCACCUGGGGCCGGUGGCUCCCUUUCUCCUGGCUGUUCCUUGUCUGGCAUGCUGUGGCUGGGUUGUGCUAACAGACUGGGGCAAGGAAGAGGCAGAAGAAGGUUCUGAAGGGGACAAACAAACACUGCUUCUUGGCACUCCAAAUGGAGGUGUGACCCGUUUGUCUGCAAGGGCCCGGUUCUCACGCAGCUGCCAUGAUGGGUUGCGCUGUCUGUUGUCAGACAGGAGAGUCAUGCUCUUGGGUGGAGUGCAGGCUCUGUUUGAAAGUGUCCUAUAUAUUUUUGUUUUCCUGUGGACCCCAGUACUGGACCCUCAUGGGCCUCCGUUGGGAAUAGUAUUCUCUUGCCUGAUGGCUGCCAGCAUGGCCGGUUCUUUGCUGUACCGCCUAGCCACCUCCACACGCUACCGUCUACAGCCUGGCCAUGUUCUCUGCCUGGCUGUGCUGAUGGCCUUCUUCUCCCUCUUCAUGCUGACCUUUUCCACUGCCCCUGGCCAGCCUAGACCCCAUGAAUCCUUUUUGGCCUUCCUGCUACUGGAGCUAGCCUGUGGCCUCUACUUCCCUGCAGUCAGCUUUCUCCAGGGCAGGGUGAUCCCAGAGGAGAAGCGGGCUGGUGUGCUGGCCUGGUUCCGGCUGCCUCUGCACCUGCUGGCCUGCCUCGGGCUGCUGGCGCUCCAUGGGGAGAUGUCAGGAACAGGUGGAGGAGAAGGUGGCAGCGGCACCAGACACAUGUUUGGAGGCUGUGCAGUCAUGAUGCUGGCAGCAUUGAUGGCUGUUGUCAGUCUGUUCACUCUGGGCAGAAACGAUACAGACUUGAGACUGGAAGGAACCAGAGGGGAGGGGGAGAUGUACUGAGGAGCUAGACUACAUACAUAUCCAUUCAUACUUGACUGGUUUCAAAUGUAUUGUGCCAGUUUUGUGUAUCUGAAAGUAGAAACCUCAUGUGUUCCACUGGAGUAGUCAUAAGUGUACAUUAUACCAAAUAUGUCAGUGAAGAAAAUCAAAGUCCAAAUCAGGUGUUCUGGUAGAUUAAAACUCAAUUGAAUUAAAAUUUUUAUAUGUUUGCCAUGUUACUUUUUUGUUUUUGUUACUGAUGUUUUCUUUGGGAGGGCGGGGUACUAAUCCUAUCUGUGUAUGAAUGCUUUGGAAACAUGGCCAUAUCCACCUUCAUUUGUCAAGUAAAUUUCUGGAAGCUUUGUCAGACAUAUCCAAAAGUCCUGUAUCAUUCCAUUACCUAUUCCAUAUAACAUGUUAUUGCCUCAUCGUGUCCACCUAUAGGGAGAUGGGGUCAUGUGUUUGACAGGAUAUAAUGUCACCUGUCAGUAUCCCCUUGAUGAUCAGUAAUGUAGUAUUUUCAUCAUAUGUUUAUAAACUGAUGUGAAUAUAUGUGAGUUUACAGAGAGCUCAAUGAAUGUCCAAAGAAAUAAAGUCAUGACUAACAUUGAGACCAGUAUCUGAAUGUCAGUUCCUGCAGUACUUCUUCCACAAUGCUUUGAUUUCUUUGUUGUUGUUUUUUUCCAGCAUCUGUGUAUUUUUAAUGAAAAGAGCAGCCAUUAGGUACAUUUUUUCUUUGAAUGCCUUUUCCUCCUUUGUACACAGGAUAUUUACUCUGUAAUGUGUUAAUAUUUCUGUUCUUGACACUUUUAAAUAAGAGUGAACAUGUACAAUAUAUAUCAUAUAAUAUAUUUCAUGUUAUAUUGGAUUGGA